GGCCGGGCGCGCGGCGCCGCUUCUUAACGCGCGGCGCGGGGCGGCGGGAGCGGCGCGCGCCGGAGGGGACCGCGACUGUCGCGACAUGAGCGAGAGACAAGGAACCGGAGCUACAAAUGGAAAAGACAAGACGUCUGGUGAGAAUGAUGGGCAAAAGAAGGUCCAAGAGGAGUUUGACAUAGACAUGGAUGCUCCAGAGACAGAGCGGGCGGCCGUGGCGAUACAGUCCCAGUUCAGAAAAUUCCAGAAGAAAAAAGCGGGGUCCCAGUCCUAGUAGCUACCUCACAGCGUGGAAACAAAGCAACCCCGAAAUGAUUUAUCGAAGAAAAACCCAGAAAUAACACAAAGAUGCAUGUACAGAAACGAUCAGUAUUUAAAACCCCAUCGGCAGAUAACAACCCCGUGAGCUUGUCGUGUGACUUCAUCCCCAGGUGUUUUCACGCCCGUUUUACCCUCUGUAACUUCACCAUUUUCCUUGAUGUUGUAAUAAAGAAAAGUUAGGGUGAAGUAAUGAAAGCGUCUGCCUUCAUCUGUCUUUUCAUAUUAAUGCAGCAAGUGCAGCGUUACAAAUGAGCCCAGCCCAGAUGCCUCUCCCCCCUCCCCACUUGGAGCUCGGAGACAACGAGAGAGCACCGUAUGUUGCAGGGUUUGUGCUGAGGGAUGAGAGCGCUGCUUCCCUCAUUUGGAGAGCUCCAGCUGCCAGCCAAAUGUGACAAUAAAAAAAUUACUUUCUCCUGAUGAGCUGGAAGUUAAAAAAAAAAAAAAAAAAAGUUGCAGGCAGAAGCGGGGCGUGAGGGGAGGAGCUGGAGGAAGCAGCGAGCACUUUAUGGUUGUCUUGCAGUUGUGUCAAUAAAAGGGGGUUUUAAGUGGGGAGAUUGUCCCCUGUCCUUCCUCUUUGCAUGAUGACAUUCAGAGUUACCCAGCUUGGGCCACGUUGACUGUUAUGGAAAAAAUAAAAAAUUAAUAAACCGGACACAAAAUUAACUUUGGAAGUUUGGGGUUUGAUUUUUAUUCGUGAAAAUAGAAACUGACUCUCUAAGCUGUGGUUCUGAUGCAGCUUUUCAGCCUUGAAAUAAUCAGGAACUGUUUCUAUGCCAUCUCUCUCUUUUCGUAUUAUUUUCAGGACUUGGGGAGUAAAUUAUAACAAACUGCCUGUCUCCAUUUAGUCUAUUAUGUAUCAAUUGUGAACCCCCUGAUUUAUCACUGUGUUAGCCCAGCUCUUGAUUAACAAAAAACAGCCACAACAAUGUGUCUUAAAUUGAAAAGUAUUUCUGUUUUCUCCCUGUUGUAAAACAGCAACAGACCAGUUUCAGAUCAAGUAAGGACCUUGUUUGCCUUCAGACCCGAUCAGGAACUGGCUGCCCAUAUGGAAGGUUCAGAGAAGAUUUAAUCAAGUACCUUGUACUCAGAGAAAAGGAGCUAUUUAGAUUAAAGUGGGACAUGAACUACACAGAGAUGGUUUAAAAAAAAAAAAAAAAUUAAAAAUCUCAUCCUCUUCUUGGCUUCAUCAGCAGAUUUAGGGAUUCCAGCAGAUAUCUUUGUCCCUAGGGAAAUGAGAAGCGUUUUUUGAAGGAUGUUUGCAGUGGUUCCAGGGAGGCAGAGUGAGCCUCACCUCCAGGCUGGCAGAGGCAGGAGUGCUGGGUGGUGACAGCCUUGCCAGCCUCUCAGGGAACAGCCUGGAGCUGGGACUCCUUCAGGUGUCACUCCCAGCUUUGCCCAGAGGGAUUCUUUUCCUCCUCUCCCAUCUCCUACCGGAGGAUUCUGAUCACCAGGGACAAACCCAUCGUUAUCCCCCUCAUGUAAACAGAGAGCUACAGCCAAGGGGUAGGAAUAGAGGGAUCUCAUGCCAGUGGCAUUGGCUUCCCAUGGGAAUGCUGGAGGGGUGCAGAGGAAAGGCCCUCAGCCUUGUGCAGGUGAAGUCACUUUUGGUGCUAGGCAAGAGUUUAGUGAGGAGCCCAAAGCUGGUGGUGGGUGCCAAGAGCUCUGGCACUUUGCUGGCCACGAGGAGCCCCCAGGGGUGCUGAGCAGAGGAAGCCUCGUGGAUCCUGUGGGUGAUGCAGAAGGCACAUGCAGAGAUGGCAUGUGAGGUGCUUAAUAAGCACAGCCCAAGCCUGGGUGGGAAUGGAAGGGGCUUUUAAGAACUUAGUUUGGGCUCUGUGUGUGUCAGGUCCUGGCCCCACACAACCUACCAGCUCACCCCCUGCAAAAUCAGAGCUCUCCAAGCUGCAGCUCGGUGUUUUCAUUCUAGCAGCAUAUUUUUCUUAGCAGCACUGUUUCUCUGCCCUCUAAAAAACUUCCCAAAUAAACCUCCAGCAACGCCGCUGCUGUGCUCAAAGUGUGGUUUGUGGAGGCCCCAGUUUCCCCCUCUUGUCUUUCACAGCGACUGCUCACCAUAUAAUAACUGCCUUAGCAUAAUCAUUUAAAGAUUGUAAUGGGUUUGGAUUGUGUUGGUGCCAUUUUGUUUAGAUGAACAUAUAUUUGUGGUAAAAAAACUGCAUUUGUGUUCUGCAUUAUGUCAUUUGAAACAGCAUGAGCUCUGUAAUGGCUACUUAAUUGAAUAAAAACUAUGGGUAAGCACUA